AUGUCUCAAUCGUUCUUCCUCGCCGCAAAUUCUCGCGCUCGCCACCCCCUGCCUCAAUUCGAGGGAAUGGUGGUCGCCCUAGAUACGGUCGAGGACCAUAUGCAGGCCCGUUAUCUCCUCCCAGACGACACGGAGGAGGUCGACUUACAGAACGCCAUGACAUUUAUCGUCCCCAGACCUCAUCAAGAUCACGAUCUCCUGUUCGCUCUCGUUCAUACUCUCGAUCUCGCUCACCACCACCGCGCAGAGGUAGCCCUCGCACAGACUCGCGACAUCACCGACGCCGGAGCCCAAGUUACAGCAGCUAUGGUUACAGCAGUCGAAGUCGCAGUCCAAACCGUAACCGAGGCCACAAUCGAAACUAAACACCGAGAAUUUUUGCGGUCUCGUGUCCUGUUGUGUAUUUGUUCAGCCCUGGCAAUGGAUUGUGCGUGGUCUUCGGUGCGGGCAACUGAAUUUAUCUCGCAAGACAUCCAAAAUAGCUAG